AUGCUGAGACAAAUGCAGCUACGUCUGAGCGGCCACCUCGUGCGCAUGGACGACGAGCGACUACCCAAACGACUCUUCUACGGAGACGUCGCGACGGGUUCUCGCCGUCAAGAAGGCCAAAUUCGUCGAUACAAGGAUACCCUGAAGUCCGCCCUGAAGCGUCUGCAAAUUAGCCCGACCAACUGGGAAGACCUCGCUCACAACCGACCGACCUGGAGGAAGACAGUGAAGAUGAGCGCUGCGAUCUACGCAGCCAACCGUAUCGCCGCCGCCAAAGUCAAAUGCGAUGCGUGCAAAUUACAGCUGCGCCCACUCCGGAACGCGGAAGCACAACCGCUUCCAACCUGUCCUCGCGGUCAACGGACAUUCCGGGCACGAAUUGGACUUACUAGACACCUUCGGAUCAACUGCGCUUCCCGGACCACACCAACCGUUGUCUGUCCCUCCCUCCGCCCGCCUCUUCCUCGUCCUCUCCUCCACCGACUAACUUUGACUGCUCCUCCGCACUCCUCGUCCUUCUCCUCCACUGCCCCAACGACGGCCGCUCUGGCGGCUGUCACGCACAUCCACAACCCUGACACACCAACAGACAUCACCCGUAGAACCUCCGACUCUAGAGGUAAGGCACCAACCAACCCCCUUCGCACUCGACUCCACUGCCCACACUGUCUCCGCACAUUCACGCAUCGCAUGGGCCUACUCGGACACAUGCGCAUCCAUGAGAGCGGAACUGACCGCAGUCCCGACACACCUACCACAUCCAACACACCCACCAUUCCCAGCCCCACCUUCGCUUCAUCGCUCUGUGCGCCUAUCGUCACCACCAACGCCUACGUAGCCGACACUGACGCCGCCGACUUCUCACGCCCACACUGUUCCCGCACAUUCCCCUUCUCGCAUCGGCCUGGUCGGCCACUUGUGAAUUCAUCGCACAGAGCCUGGCCAACCAGUGUCUGGGUCACUCAUCUACACCCACCGCACUCGCCUCCACUGCCCACACUGUCCCCGCACAUUCACUCGUCGCACGGGCCUACUCGACCACAUGCGCAUUCACGAAAACUUGCGGUAGACAACCGCCGGCCGCACCACACCAUCACACCCUUCUCCCCCCUCCUUCCCUCCCUCACCACCACCCCACCACACAUCAACACUCACCCACCGCAAACUACGCAAAUAGUUUCAUCAGCCGCUGCAUACCCACGUACCCACGACGGAAAAACGGCAGAGGAUGCCAACAAUUUGGCCCUCACUACCGUCCAUAAAGAAUGUGUUCGAGGCCACAGAGCGCAUUGCGUCAGAGUUAGGCGCGGACAUCGCUCAUUGUCUGGCGGCAAUCAUGUGUAGCAGUAUCAUAAAAAUGAAGGAUCGGUUGACGCAGGUGAGCAGUCGGGCGUAAUCUAUCAAAUUCCGUGCCAUAACUGCCCUUGCCAUUACACAGGCCAAACAGGGCGACAGAUCAGCUCAAAAAUACUUCAGCACAAACGGGCCGUUCGAAGAGGCGACCCACUAUCUCAAUUCGGCACUCAAACGCUGGAGGAAGGCCAUGAGUUCGAUUUCGCCAACACGCGGAUAUUGGCGCGAGCCGGCAACAAGACGGGUCGACAACUGUUGGAGGCGUGGGUGUCGGACACCAACUCUAUCAAUAGACACGUUGAGUGGCCGGCGUGUUAUCACGUACUCCGCCCACGCAGCCAGGUGGCGCAGCUCACAUCGCCGCAAAGUACAAACCCGGUCACCACGCCUGGGGGCCGUGGGCCAGGCAGCACAAAUCAGACCUAGCCACGGACGUAGUUCCCUCUCCCCCCUUACGACACAAUGAUAUAAAUGUUCACACGUUGCUGCACUCUAGCAGUGUCCGAUGGUGAACUCUUGUUCGAGUUCGAAAGCUGAGGCCAAUGAAUCUACCGCCUCAGUGAUCGUGCAUUCGUCUUCUUUUAAAUAAAGUUUAACUGUUAAACCAAAACACACAAUACUUGGUAAACAAGCAAGUACUUGUCGGAAAAAUUGACCAGGAUGACAGCUCAGUUUACGAGAUGAGGGGAACGAGGAAAAUCUUGAUUAAAUUUGCUAUCUUCUCUCUCAAUUAACUUCCACUGUCCCGAAUCGCGCACUAUGGUUUGCUCAAGAGCAAUGCGAGCAGAGCAAACGCAUUUCUUUAAGCUCUAUGACCACAACGAAGUUCUUAAUAGAGUUUAAGUGACUGACUGCAAAGGUCUCGUUUCUAGUUGCAUUGACUCGCAUGAACGUGCAGUUUACAAAUGCAACCUUAAUUCAGGAUGGAAUAUGGGGAUUAGUUUGGUAGUACUCUAAGUCGGGCAUGUUGUAGUCUUUAGUCGUGUCCUGCAGGGAAAGUCUCGAAAGUCUGUUAAGUAAUCCAGUUGAUCUGGAAAUGCUUCGAUGGAGACCACUCAUUGAGGUAAGCUUUAAGUUAGAAAUAAGGUUUCACAAAUCUAAUCUCAGCACUGAAGAUAUUCGUCUGAUUUUGCCUUGCAAAUCUAAUCCAGAUCCCUCAUGGUUGUCGAUAAAUGAUUCAGAAGAAAUAAUAAAAACAAAGCAGACCGAGGUGGCCAGUUCUGAAUUAUUGACUGCCAUCAGACAGCCAUGGCUUUUCAGACAACCAGCCGAGGCUGAUCAGCACCCCGUAGAGAGUGGCGAGUACGAAAGGGUGCGUCUGCAUCAGACUGGGGUCGAUCGCCCUCGCAGUGCUGCAUGCUCUGCUACCGCUCCACCGCCAGUGGACUCUGCCGUCGUCAUCGUCGCGCUACCCCGGGAAGUAGCUGUCAUGCCCCAUUUACAGGCGGAAACGACCUGUCAGGAUGCAGAAGGCUCUCGUGACUGUCCUGGCGCUGUGAGUACAUAG